UCUUGUUUUGACAUGAUUCUGAAGGAGGCUUCAUUUGGGUGUUUUGUUAAAUUGAUUCUCGCUGGGUUGGUGUCGUAACCGUUUGGACACUGUUUUGGCUGCUGCCACCCAACUGAAGGAUGUAAGUUUUCUGCAAACGUGUGCCGAGAGUUGAGGUGAAAGUUUGUAUUCUGCUAUCUUGGUGGAUCUAAAUUGGAGACAUUGUUGAGAUCUUUUCUGGAACUCUAGAGGAGACACAUUAAAAGGAAUGGCAGACUGUAGAGCUGAAGGCUGUGAGGAGGAAAAAGAUGAAUUCAGCAGUCGACAAGGAGGAGAGAGAAGACUGAUCAUUCAACCAGCAUCUUUAGACGACCCCAAACUCAGCAAACUUAAAGAGGUUUUGGUGGAAUGGACCAACAGAACUCUGAAAGUCGAACACAUUGUGGUGAGAUCGCUGGAGGAAGACCUGUACGACGGACUCGUCCUUCAUCACCUGCUACGCAGGUUGGCAGGUGUACAGUUACAGGUAGACGAGAUUGCCUUGACCGCCGAAGCACAGGUACACAAACUAGAGGUGAUCCUCGCCGCUUUGAACGGGAUCUUAAAGAUUGACGAGGAAAAGGCCAAAUGGAGCGUUAAACUCAUUCACAGCAGGGACCUGUUGGCUACAUUGCAUCUUCUGGUUUCCAUGGUGAGGUGUUUCCAGCCUGAUCUGGUCCUUCCUGCUAAUGUUAGCGUGGAGGUGAUCCAGUGUGAGGUCACCAAAAGUGGCAUCAAGUCAGACAAGCAGACAGAAUUCAUCACUUUUCAAAGUAAUUCCAGUCAAGAUCUUGAGAGGGAAUCAAACAAGGAAUGUCCCAUUGAUGAGCUCUUCAAAAUGGAAGCGCACAAAAUUGAGACAGUGAAAAAGGCUAUUUUACACUUUGUGAAUAAGAACAUGUCAUCUCUUGGACUAAACGUGACUGACCUCGAGAAACAGUUUGCAGAUGGAGUGAUUCUACUUUUGUUGAUCGGUCAGCUGGAGGGGUUCUUCAUCCCGCUGUGCGAGUUUCACCUCUGUCCUGUCGGUUUCUCGGAAAUGCUCCAUAAUGUCACACUAGCAUUGGAUUUGCUCAUCGACAGAGGCCUUCCAGUCCAAUCUGUUAAUCCUGAAGAUAUUGUGUCCCAAGAUGUUCCAGCAACUGUAAAAGUGUUGUAUUACGUAUUCAGUAGACAUAAAAACAAAUAACUCACCCCUCUCUGGAGCUGUGUUGAAUGUCAAAAUACAUUGGCUCUCAGAGUAAGAAUGCUUGAGUGAAUUGAGCCAAUUGUAGAGAGUGACUCUGAACCAUUUGAAGAGGGAUCAGAGAGAAUAUGGACACUCAUCUCAUCAUACAGUAUAAAGUAAAAGUAUAUUGCUUUUGGCUUUCCACCCCGUUCCCUUUCUAUUGAUAGAUGUGCAUUAUUCUUAAUACAUCACACAACAAUUUUUGCUUAUUGCAGCUUGUUUUUAAAUAAAAUUGGCACAACUUAUUGCUGUGAAACAACAUCCUCUUUACACUAUACUUUAAAGGAAUGUUUCAGGUUCAAUGCAAGUUAAGCCAGAGACUGUUUAGCAGAGACGGGCCAAUUAUAUUAAAAUUAAUAAGAUAUUGGAAUGCCCAACAGUCAGCAGAUGUAGAAAGGAAGUCCCGCCUUGCAGGUCAAAGAGCCAGUCACAUUUAGAUAAAGAUAUCACCUGUCAAUCAACUCUAGAACACAUGCUUUAGCUAUACAAAGCCUAAAUUUUUUUUUUUUGCCGUAAUCUGAGGUAAAGACACACAAUUUAUGAUACCAGUGUUGUCAGAUUUUUCUGAUGAUGGAAACACGUUAUUUGAUCUUUAACUUGACCAACCGUUUUGUAUACUUCAGUCUUUCUCUAUUCAAGUUGAUAAGAGCAGCACUUUCAUGACUGGAAAUAGCUUCCUGGGUGCAUUUCAAAGAUGGCCGCCAGUGGACUGGCUUGCAAGAAAGACUUUGGCUGAACUCAGUCAAAGUCUUUCUAGCAAGUCAUGGAUACAGUGUACUGUAUUAAACCAAGGUUUUAAGCUCUCGUAUGGUUUUGCAAGACUUGAAAAUCUUAUGGACAUUGGCAACUUCUAUGAUACUCCCAAUUUACUGUAAAAAACAAGAAGAACUUUUCAAAAAUGUUUCCUGUUGUGCUCCAUGGAAGAUAGAAAGUGAAUAAAUCCUUUAAAAGUGCUUUGAUAAGAAUUAAGACAAAUCCAAUGACACAUUGGUGUGACUUCUAACCUUUACGAGGAAAACUCAAGCUAUCUGCUCUCGAUGUCAGCACUUAAAGUGCAUCUGUCUCGAAGAACACCCCUCCACACACCCCUGUAAUUUAAUUUCCUAAAUGUGUGUUCUCCUAAACUGGAUACAUUGAAUGGCAAUAACUUUAUCUAAAUGGCAAAAGCAUUAUGUGCAGGUUGGUUUACUCUCAGUGAACGGGUAGCGUGUGAAUGGAUGCUCUC